AUGGGGACUAUCAAGCUCCACCUGACUGAAGACUUCACUAUGAAGUUUGACAUCAACAAUCCCACUAAUCUGCCUUCAAAAUAUGAUCCACCUUACAUUAUCAAAAGAAAGGAGGAUCAUGAGGUCUCAAGUGAGGAAACUGCGUUAAGGGGUAAGCUAACCUUUCAAGAAGAUUCAGUGGAGAAGCUUAAGAAUUCUGUUCAAGAACUGACUGCUUUAGUCAAGGAUCUCCAAGUCAAGCUGAACAAAAGGACUUUGAAGAGAGCAAGGCCAAAGCUUAAGCUUAAAAAGAAACAUGGUUCAAGUGCUAAAGAGUGUAUUGAUUAUCGGGGUUUGAACCGGGUCACUGUGAAGAACAAGUAUCCUCUUCCUAGGAUCGAUGAGUUGUUGGAUCAGUUGAGGGGUGCUACUUGGUUCUCCAAGGUAGAUCUGGCGUCGGGUUAUCAUCAGAUACCGAUAGAUGAGGCAGAUGUGAGGAAGACUGCUUUCAGGACGAGAUAUGGGCACUAUGAGUUUGUGGUGAUGCCCUUCGGAUUGACUAACGCGCCAGCAGCGUUUAUGAGAUUGAUGAACAGUGUGUUUCAGGAGUUUCUGGAUGUAUCUGUCAUCAUUUUCAUCGACGAUAUCCUGGUUUAUUCUAAGAGUCCUGAGGAGCAUGCAGUGCAUUUGAGGGCAGUUAUGGAGAAGCUGCGGGAGCAGAAGUUGUUUGCCAAGUUGAGC